GAGGGAGAGAGUGAGCUUGAAGAAGUGCUUGAAGAGUAGUUGCAAAUGGCAAAGCUGAAGUGAAGGAGGAUGAGAGAGUCGACUCAAUGGUAAAGGACGUCACCCUGACAAUGAAUGCAAAGACAGCCGCCGCCCCGCCGCUGUUGGUUGCCAUUGAACGGCCAUUGUUGGUCGAGGGCGACACGGAAGCAGGGCUUCCUGACGUUUGAGUUUGAACAUCCACCGCGUCGGAGGAAUGUUCCCCGCAACGCCGGCAGACCGACAGCCACGCCAUCUCGCCGCCCGUUCCCACGCGUCAGGCGCACCUCUUGGCGCAGGCACCACAACAGUCGCCCCAACACACGGCGACCUCGGCAACCAGGCAUGCGCCAAGGACUCAUCUCAGUCUACCAUUGACAGUGUGACAGGGAAAUCACUUGCGCCUACAACAAAG